AAGCUGCAUGCGAGCGCAGACACUUCGUCGUGUCGAAUUACGAGGAUUAUUCACCGGAUUAUAUUUGCGUUAUACAGUCCUCGGCCGAAAUCUCUAACGACCCAAUUUAUUGAAUGCAACAUCAAAAGAUCGCACGCCGCCCUUGAAUAUUCGUUCAUUCUUCGUUCAAUAAAGCGACAAACAACGCACCAAUAAAAAUAGAAACGAGUUUAAAAUCACGAGACACUGGGCAUAUUCUUUUGACAAGAAAACAACGAAAUAGGAUAUAUUCACGAUGACAAAAUUCGCUGUCAAUUAUUGCCACUGGAUCUCCGUUAUUGGUUCGAAGUUUCAUGGAGCGUAUAAACCUUUCAUCGAAAUAGCUAACAAAAUUCGAAAUCUAAUGUUUAUCCAACCGAGAAUAGUUGUGUGAUGUUACCAAUAGUCAUCGGUAUUAAUAGUAUUCGACUAUAUAUUAUUUCCCAAUUUCGAAAUCUGAGAAGAAAAUGCUGCGGUCUUCUGAGGGAUCCAAUAUUGCAAAAAUGAUGUGGAUGAAGCCAUCUUUCCCGCAUCCUUCGGAGCCUCGCAAACGUCGAAACAGCUCGUUCGGAUUAAGCGUUCGAAUGCACACGCAUAUAGCGAUGUCCAACGACGACGACAAAGGGGGGCGCCGGCUUACGUGCUACGAGAGUGAGACGCGACGAGGAACGACGCGGAGGUGGUCGGUCGUUCAGUCGAGCCGCGACCGCCGAGCGGUGAAUACGCUUCGUAUCGUAUCGCGCGCUCCGCGCUAAAGUCAGUGAGUGAGAGAGAAGAAGAAGAAGGCCCAAGAUUUGUGUGUGGACAAGGCACGACUGUGGGUGAGCCGACGGGGCGAGGAACGAGAACACGCCGUGGGCAGAAAGAGAGGGAAGCAUCACCGGUCGAGAGCGUCCACGUUCACCCGCACGUGUACGGUGCGGGAUUAAAACAGGUGGAGCGAAUCGUGCCGUUACGUUUGGAGUGCGUACGCGUAUAUGUAUACGCACGACACGAUACGAGCUUGGAGCACGCAAGAGAGAGAACCUCGGAGAAGGAUGACCCAGGGACAUUUUUCUAAGCGUCGAAGCGCGAAAUCGCCCAAUUGAAUCCUUGGAUUCUGUUGCGACAGCUCCGAGAGGGAAAGGAUAAUCUUUAUCGUGGAAAAAAGUGAUGACAUAUAGUGACGCGUCGCGAGUGUAACUUUUUUAUGCGUAGUGUUUCGCGGUUUCGAUGAAUGAAAUUAAUUCCGUCAUUUUCGCGUGUGAUUUGAAGUGCGUUUACGCGAGUGAAGUAAGAACUGUGUAACUGUUUCGUUUCGAACGUACAUCGCGAUAUACCGCAACAAACCUCUCGCAAGUGCGAAUUUUCGUGGGAUAGCAGCUGAGAAGACAGAGAAAGAGAGAGAGAGAGAGAGAGAGAGAGAGAUAAGAGGAGGAAGGAAUAUCACCAUUCGGAGCGAGAAGAUAAGGAGCUCAUCGAAGAUGAAGACCACACAGCGAGCUUUAAGCUUCGACGAGACGUCGAUGGACAGCUGCAUAUUGGCGACCGUCGACGAGGGCCGGCGAAUCGGCGACUUGUCAGGCGAGUCGAUGAAGGACGGUAACGAGGUGGAAGUGACGUCAUUGGAGGAAGCCAAGUCGGUCAUAGCGGCACUCAGGGCGAGGCAACGGGCGCAAACCCACCAGAUGCUCGCCUGGCGGAGGACCCUUAAAUUGCAGGAGGACCUGGUGGCUCGAUUAACGCGAGAAAAGGCCGAACAACUACGGACAUUAUCGUCGCAGCUUCUGCUGUUCGAGUCCAGACUCUGCAGGAAGCAGAAGGAGAUCGAAGCCAGUCUAAGUCAACGAGAAUCAAUUAUUCUACGACAACAGAGGGUGAUUCGACAAUUGCAGAGCAGAUUGGCGGAGAGGAGCACUGGUACUAGAGAUUCGCCACCCUGCGACGCCCUGGACAGAUUGGAUAGUUUGGGUGAUAGCGAUAGUGCAGUGGUGCUAGAGGAAACCGCUGAUGAUCCUGCUCCACCGAGAUUUCGUUCUAAUAUCACUGACGUGACUGUGAUCCGUUCUGUAUCUGAUGCGGUGGAGCCGUCGAACAAAUAUUCGUCGAUGCGACGAUGCAACGGUUUCCUCAGAAGACCGGAAAUCCUGGAAACCGUAUAUUCCGUGGAAGAGGAUGGCGACAGCGAGAAUAAUCAGGAUCCGUCCGAGUCGACGGAAAACUCGGAAUACGAAGAUAGGAGAGCGAAAAACUUGGGCAACGGAAAAGGCAGACUUCAGGAUCUUUAUGGCAGUUUCGAGAGGCUGGCACAAGAAACGGAUUCCCCGCCUAGCGAAAGACCCAGAGACGAAAGUCAGCAGGCCCAGGUGACAUACAAUAGGGUAAUGAGUAAUCACAGAUCUGUGACAAAGCCAAAAGACGUGAAAUACAAGAGGAUAAACAAAGCGAAAUCGAAAAGUCUCGAAGAACUCAGAGGACGUCUUAGAAAUUGGGUCGAGAAAGGGACUAAGAAUUAUAUGGCUAUAUCGCUGGAUCAGUCAUAUGCCUGAGCUUACUUUACUCCGUAUAUGAAAGUAUAUAAAUUAUUAUUUUACGAACGAGCAUAAUGUAACUACUGUCAAGUAAUGUUUAACGGCUGAAAUUUUAAUUUUAUCCGUAAGAUACGCGAUUAUUAAGAAAAAUGGACUUCGUAAAGUCGCUGCGGUAUAUUUGAUUGAUGAAAUAUCAUUGUGCUCCAUGUGAUAUUUACUGUAGUAUCUCUUCACAUUAAUUAUGCACGUAGGUCAAAGAUGAACGGAUUCGGCGAGACUUGUGAUAUGAUUUUAUUGUAUACAAAAGCUAGUUAAGAAGAAUUUAUUAUCUGGCAAAACAAGUAAUUAACACUUAAGUGCCAUGGUGAAAAUGUGUAAUCUUAUGAUAUCAUGUAAAUAUUUGUGUAUAUUAUUUGUGAACUUACAUACACACAGAAUAUUUCUGAGAAUAUUUAAUAUUUAAUAUAUACGUACAUACACACAUACAACAAGUUUUUUUUAUGAUCGAUUAUUUAUUAAUAUAAUUUUUUCAAUCGUAAAGUAAAUAAUAUCAGAUAAGAUAAUAUUAGAUGCAUUCAAAAAAUGUAAAAAGCAAAUAAUCUUGUAAGAUUAAGAAAUUUAGGAUUGUGAUUGUCUCCACCAUGGUACUUAUGGGUUAACUUAAAACGUGAUACUCGUUUACGGAUGAAUUUUCAAGGAAACAUUUUCAAUUAUUUUGUUUGUAGACAAUUUAAAUUUGUUUCUUUAUUCUAAAGUUACAUGAAAAAUACUUUAUGCGGCCUAAAUUUUAAGAGAGAGAUUUGAACUACGAAUCUACAUAUAAUUAAAUGUAUAUAUUUGAUAAUAUGGAAACACGUGACAUGUUUCUGCAAACAUGUCUGAUGACAUCAAAAUGAGAUACACUUUUUACCAUUAAAUGGUACUUGUUAAUUAUUAUUACACCUUUGAUCGACGGAUGUAUUACAUCAUGUUUUGUUAUCGAAAAUUUUAAAAGACUAAAUUAAUAAAUUUUUCAUUUUUA